CCUAUCCUUUGCAUGUGCUGGAAAGAAAGAGCAGAGACGCAAACAAAAAAACAUACCUUUUCGCCGGAGAAGAAGAUUGAAGACGGCCGACGCUGGACACGGUUCGUAGCUCGCAAAAGGUAAUCGACAAAGAUUAGGGAAAUCGACACUCGACAAAGUCACCAUACGACCCUGGACUCUUGCUGGCUGCUUUCUCCUUCACUCGAAGUCUGGAGCGCUUUAGACAGUAACUCAGAUGCUUGCUUUGAGGUGUUUUUCUGCAAUUUCCAUAGGAAGGCCAGAACCAACUAUUCUUCUGGAGAAAAGUGUUGGAUCCACCGUAAUAAAGGGUUUAUCAAAUGUCAAGGAAGAAGUCUAUGAUGGUCUUGAUUCUUUUAUUGCAUGGGAAUUGGAGUUUCCAUUGGUCACUGUGAAAAAAGCUCUAAGGAUCCUUGAGAAUGAAAGGGAGUGGCAGAAAACGAUACAAUUGACAAAGUGGAUGCUAAGCAAGGGUCAGGGGAGAACAAUGGGUACCUAUUAUUCCUUGUUGAAUGCUUUGGUUGAAGAUGGAAGGCUCGAAGAAGCUGAAGUUCUAUGGAAUAAGUUGCUUUCAGAGAACCAUGAAAGUAUUCCUCGCAAUUUUUUUGAGAAAAUGGUCCGUAUAUACUACCAGCAAGAAAUGCAUGAAAAGAUGUUUGAGAUAUUUGCAGACAUGGAAGAACUCGGUGUCCGGCCAAGCGUUCGCAUUGUCACAAUGAUGGGACAUGUAUUUAAGAAGUUGGAUAUGUUGGACAAAUAUAUGAAGUUGGAGAAAAAAUACCCUCCUCCAAAGUGGGGGUAUAAGUAUUUUAAGGGUAAAAGGGUCAAAAUAAGAAUAAAAGACUCUGAGUUGGACAAUGAUUGACGAGACCCCCGGAGGUUUGUAGGGAUUUGCUAGCCGGAUGAAAAAACCCAUUCCUCAGUGUCUUCCCGGUGAAAGUUUUUAAUUUGUUAAUGGGUGUCCAAGAUACAAUGAAUAGAGGCGUAAUGCAACUCUCUUACCUGAGCUCAAUAGUGGAAUGAGAUCAACGUGCAGAAAAUUGUUUUGCAUAUCACGGCCUUUGGCCCUUCAUGUAAAAUUGACACUUUUCUUGUUGCCUUUUAUUGAAAGGAAUGUGUGAACUAACAUCUUUUGUCUAUUGUCUAAGCAAAUUCUAAGUUUUUUUUACUUGGGAGGAUGAACGCUGCAGCGUUGAAGACUUUAUGAAUGAAGAACAAGAGUUACG